AUGAGCAAGAGCCAGAAGCGGUUUGUGCUUCUCCAUGGUGUCUGCCAUGGCGCAUGGUGUUGGUACAAGGUAAUACCGCAGCUUGAGGCUGCAGGUCACAUCGUAACCGCAGUUGAUCUGGCUGCAUCGGGUAUAAACAUGAGCAGAGUGGAAGAGAUUCAGAGUGUAAAAGAUUACUCCAAACCAUUGCUCGAUUUGCUUGGCUCGGAUGACGAAAAAGUGAUUAUUGUUGCUCAUAGCAUGGGAGGCAUACCAGCUGCUUUCGCUGCCGAUAUCUUCCCUCAUAAGAUCGCUGCGAUUGUCUUCUUGACAGCUACGAUGCCCGACACCACAAACCCGCCUGGUUACGCUUUUGAAAAGUUUGUCCCGAGCAUUCCACCAGAAGAGUUGUUGGACACUGUAUUUAGCACCUACGGAACACCUGAUCGUCCUCUACUUAAUGUCCUUUUCGGACCAAAGUUCAUGGCCAAGAAAUUAUAUCAAUUGUCUCCGGUCGAAGAUCUUGAAUUGGCGAACUUGUUGGUGAGGGUAAACCCGGCGUUAGCUACUGAAAAUCUUUCAGGGAUAAUAAGCUUUACUGAGGAAGGGUAUGGAUCUGUUACACGUAUUUCUAUCAUAUGCGGAGAAGAUAAUUUAGUACCUGAGGAAUACCAGCGUUUGAUAAUCAACAACUUUCCGCCGAAAGAAGUAAUGAAGAUCAAAGAUGCUGACCAUAUGGCGAUGUUUUCCAAGCCUCAAGAACUAUGUGCUCUUCUCUUGGAAAUCGCAGAUAAAUAUGCGUAA